GGUAACACACAAGCCCUAAAACUUUUCCCAAAUCUAAAAAAUCAGAAUUAGUUAAAAUUUUUAAACCUUUCUAAAAUUUAUAAAAAGCUAAAUUUUCGUUAUUAUUCUUGAUUCUUGAACAAUGCGAGCUAAAAAAGAGAGAACACGGUCAAAACCAAUUAAAAAAGGGAGGAAGAAGUUCUCUAAGCCAAUAAGUUCCAGCAUCUUUCGUUUCAAGCAGCAAGAUAUGAUGUUGGCAGAUAACACUCCAUCGACUUCUGAACCAUGUUUCAAGUUAGUAAUACUUAGGGAGAUGGAGAGACUAGGGAGACAGCCUACCGCAGUUUUCAAACGUGCUGCAUUCGGGGAGUACGAGUCUCAGAAGAUGGCUGCAUUCGCGAACUACAUGUCGCGCCAAAAGGCCCGGGAUCUAAAAAUGAAAUCUAGGCUUGUUAAGAAGCGAAAGGAAUUUUUAGCAAAUAUUGAAAUAAUUAAGAAUGAGAAUGAUACCAUGUUGGAAAAUGGACAGGACUUCAAAAAAGUAAUUCUCAGAGAGAUGAAUCGACUGGGGAGACAACCUUCAACCAACUUCAAAAAGGCUGCGAAAGAACCAAAGGCAGUUUCCAACAAAUAUUUACCUAGUUGCUUUCGACUAUGGACAUCAAAGUCGAAGAAAAUCGAUUCAAAAACAAUUUCAACUGUCAAAAAUAUUUCGGCUAAGAAUUCUGAAUCUUCGGUUCUCUCCUUGAUGUCAUCCAAUCGGAAAAAAGCUUCUUCAAAUGAUCUAUUCCAGCAGCAACAUGGGGAAGCAACAACAAUGAUGGAAACUGAAGCAAACGGGCAGGAUAUGAAGGGAAUAAUAUUUAGGGAGAUGAAACGACUUGGUAGAGAGCCUACUAAAGAGAAUCAAAUUGCCGACAAGACUGCCAUGUCACAGAAAAGGCAGUUUUCUCAAAAUAGUCGGCCAUUUGGAUGGUCCUAUUUAAAAGAGCUCCCUCCAAAUGUGAUCUCCAAAAAGCGUCGAGUCGAAGAGGAGGAUCAGUGUUUCCCCAAUAAACAGAAAUUCAAGAGAGUAAUACAUAGGGAGAUGAAACGACUUGGUAGAUCAUCGGUAGAUAUUGAAAUGGCGGACCAGACUGCCAUCCAACAGACAUCCAACAUGGAUUUUUCUCCAAAUAGUCGGCCAUUUGGAUGGUCCUAUUUGAAUGAGUUUCUCCCAAAUGCGAUCUCCGAAAAGCCUGAAAGAAUGGAAGUGGAGGAUCAGUUUUUCCCAAAUAAACGCAACUACAAGGAAGUAAUACAUAGGGAGAUGAAUCGACUUGGUAGACUACCAUCGGAUGUCGAAAUGGCGGACCAGACUGCCAUGGCAUCCAACAUGGAUUUUCCUCCAAAUAGUCGGCCAUUUGGAUGGUCCUAUUUGAAUGAGUUUCUCCCAAAUGCGAUCUCUGCAAAGCCUGACCAAAUGGAAGUCCAGAAUCAGAUGGAUCAACUGGGAAGACAAUCUGGUGAAGAUUUCAAACGGGCUAUGGCAAAGUCAUUCGAACCUAGCGGAAAAUCUAUUCAGUUUACUAUUCCAUGUGGAAAUUCAAGCUCCCAGGAAGACAUUUUAUUUGAGGGCUGUGGUCCGAGGACAGAGUUGGAGAUCAAUCAAAACCAGGGAAAAAGUGCAUGGAAUAUUACUUUCGGGCAAAAUAUAAUGUCCCAGAAUAUGGUAUUCCCGAAAUUUUCACUAUCCAUGCCAAACCUAGGCUUUCAAACGGUUGAUAAUAAUUCGAUGUCCUUAGCCGUAUUCUCUCCCAAUACAUCCCUUCCAGUAACAGAUCCAAUAUCAUUUCUAUUAUCAUUGCGGAAUCAAGAAGAAUUUUUCCCUGAGGAACAAGUAAAAGCCGUUCUAAAAUCUUUAUUUGAAACUGGUAUCGUAUAUGGUUCCCUUAAUCAUGGAGAAGAAGCAUUAAAAGAGUUCUUCGAAGGACUAUUCGAGGCACUUCUACGUUCCAAAGGUACUUGCGACAAGAACUUUAAGCCUUAG